AUGUCACGACUCGAGAACGAGAACGGUCGCCCGCUUCUAACGGACAGAAUCUACGAGGAGAAGGAAGAAGAAGAGGCGGCGUACGAAGAGGCGGAGAAAGUCCACAUCGUGAGAGACGAGUACGAAAGCGAGAGAGACCUCGAGUACGGCGUCGGAUGCGGCGGCGCACCGCCGUUCUCGUGGAAGAAGUUAUGGCUGUUCACCGGGCCUGGGUUCUUAAUGAGCAUUGCGUUUCUCGAUCCAGGAAACCUCGAAGGUGAUCUCCAAGCCGGGGCUGUGGCGGGAUACUCGCUUCUGUGGCUACUUAUGUGGGCGACGGCGAUGGGUCUUUUGGUUCAGCUUUUAUCGGCGAGGCUCGGUGUAGCGACGGGUCGUCACUUGGCUGAGCUUUGUCGCGAAGAGUAUCCGACUUGGGCGGGUAGGGUUUUGUGGGUUAUGGCUGAGUUGGCUUUGAUUGGAUCUGAUAUUCAAGAAGUCAUUGGAAGUGCUAUUGCUAUCCAGAUUCUGACCAAUGGAAUCUUGCCUCUCUGGGGUGGUGUCGUUAUUACAGCUCUUGACUGUUUCGUCUUCUUGUUUCUUGAGAACUACGGAAUUAGGAAACUGGAGGCAGUGUUUGCGGUUUUAAUCGGAACAAUGGCGGUGGCAUUCGCUUGGAUGUUCGGUCAAACCAAGCCAAGUGGCUCUGAGCUUCUCAUUGGCAUAUUGGUACCGAAACUAAGCUCAAGAACAAUACAAAAAGCAGUUGGAGUUGUAGGUUGCGUUAUAAUGCCACAUAAUGUGUUUCUUCACUCAGCUCUCGUUCAAUCCAGAGAGAUAGACAGAAAACAGAAGUACAGGGUCCAAGAAGCUAUAAACUACUACUCAAUCGAAGCAACGAUCGCUCUCACCGUCUCCUUUAUAAUCAACCUCUUUGUCACAGCGGUUUUCGCUAAAGGGUUUUACAACACUGACAUUGCCGACAGCAUCGGCCUAGUGAACGCGGGUCAGUAUCUACAGGACAAGUAUGGAGGCGGGUUUUUCCCGAUACUGUACAUUUGGGGGAUAGGGUUGUUAGCUGCUGGACAGAGCAGCACCAUCACAGGUACAUACGCGGGACAGUUCAUCAUGGGAGGGUUUCUAAAUUUCAAGAUGAAGAAAUGGUUGAGAUCUUUGAUCACGCGUAGCUGCGCGAUUGUUCCAACUAUCAUCGUUGCUAUAGUGUUUGAUAAGUCUGAAGGUAGUGUAGAUGUGUUAAACGAGUGGCUUAACGUGCUUCAGUCCAUUCAAAUACCCUUUGCCCUCAUUCCAUUACUUUGUUUGGUCUCCAAGGAACAGAUCAUGGGUAGUUUCAAAAUCGGUCCUUUGUAUCAGACAACCGCUUGGCUCGUUGCUGCGCUUGUGAUAAUGAUAAACGGUUAUCUAUUGCAUGACUUCUUCUCCUCAGCGGUUAGUGGCGUCCUCUAUACCGGUUUUGUAACUGUGUUCACGGCUUCAUAUGGUUCCUUCAUAGUCUACCUUAUUGCUCGUGGCAUCAAUUUCACUCCGUGGCGCUCUAAAGCAGAGUUAAGUUGA